UGCACUUUGUGAGUCUGAGCGAGGACGACAUCCCGGGGGGACGGGCAGUUCGUCUGUGUGGCCUACAACAAAGUCGUGAGAUCCAUGCGUUAUGGAAAUACCUUCAGAUUGAGGCCAACCAGAGGCAGGUCUUCCGAGGUACCGAUGUCUCUGACGUGGCAUACUCCGUCCGCGAUGCUGGGGCUGCAAGGGAAGACGCUGAAGAUGAUGUGUAUAUUCGGGGGCAACCCACUUCCUCAGGUGUCCUGGAGCCGCGCGGACGGAUCCAUGCUGGACCUAACACGGACUAAAUUUGGGCCUGGAAACUAUGACAUGCGGAUCGAGAACCUGGAGGAAGCUGAUACAGGAGUGUACAUGUGUUCAGGGAGCCAGCAGGGGAACAUGCCCAUCACAAGGACGUUCACGGUGGACGUAGAAGCCGCUCCGACGUGGGUGACUGAGCCCCAGGACGUCACUGUUGCUGAGGAAGAAGACGUGGUGAUAGACUGUCGGGCAACAGGAACUCCUAGUCCACACAUAGAGUGGCUUAUCAAUGGCAUCGCUCUUAGAGAGCGAGAGCCGAAAGAGAACCAGAGAGUUACUGAGGGAAAGUUGAUGCUGAUGAACGCACGACGCACAGAUACCAUGGUUGUCCAGUGUAACGCCUCCAACAUCCACGGCUACAUCUGGUCCGACACCUACAUCAAUAUUCUUGCCAUCCCUGCAGUCAUCAAUGAACCUGCGCACACAGAUGUGAAGGUCAUUCGAGGGGAGAGGGCAAUGCUACACUGCCACCAUACAGGUCACCCCGAACCGAGCCUGGUGUGGUUCAAAGGAGAGAAGAAACUUUACGCAGAUGGGAGAUAUGAGCUUUUUGAGAAUGGAUCCCUGCUGAUCGAAAAAGCUAUGAUGAGAGAUGGUGGACUGUUCAAAUGUUUUGUACGGAACAAAUACGGCGAGGACAGCCGUAUAUACACAGUAAUCAUAAGAGAUCCCACACGGAUUGUACACGCUCCGAAGGACGUAUCUGUGAGGACGGGACAGAAUGCCGUGAUGCAGUGCGAGGCCGUCACUGACCCUGCUGAGGCCAGCAACCUCCGCUAUAUGUGGAAGAAGGACAACAUAACGCUGGACUUGACCAACCCCCAGCUGAAGCGGCAGAACGGCGGGCUGGUCAUGGCCAAGGUUGCCUUGGCAGAUACAGCUGUGUACACGUGUAUGGCAACCAACGGUAUCGACUCCGACAUGGCGUCUGCACGUAUGCUGGUCCAGGCACCCCCGGGCCAGCCUUCAAAAUUGACUCUGUUACGCUGUGACAAAAAUACCGCCACCAUAGCCUGGAAAUUCAACAUAUCUCAGACCAACCAUUCACCUCUCAAGCGGUUUUUUGUGGAGUACAGCACAGCCUAUGAUCCAGGAAAUUGGUACAAGAUGAAAACUGUGGGAGGAAAUAAACGUCAAACUAAAGUGGAGUUGUCGUCCUUCGCCUCGUAUACCUUCCGUGUGAAGGCAGUGAAUGAAAUUGGGCCCGGCAUUCCGAGUGCCCCUACCAUGGAUGCUUGUGAAACCCCUGAAAAAAGGCCAGCUUCCCACCCCAAGAAGGUGAAGACCAUCACAGACACAACCAACGUCCUGGCGGUGGAGUGGGAACCGAUGCCACUCAUCCAGCACAACGGCCCCGGCUUCCACUACGUCGUCAUGGUCAGCAAGGAGGGGGGACAACACUGUCCAGAGCUUCAUCUUAAAUGA